AUGACUGACAGGUGUAAACAGUGGGUCAAAGUAGUGGGUAAAGAGGACCUUGUCCACUUGCCCAUUGAAAAGCUCCAUGGUUUACGUUACAUAUGCGGGGACCAUUUAAAGAAACGGGAUUUCACUAAAACUAAGACCCGUUUAAAGAGAAAAGCAAUACCUUCAGUGGGUUUAACAAUGGAACCCCUGUCGGAUGAUCUAUUCGAAGAAUUUCCUUUACAUGUGUACAGAAGUAGCCAAGACGGACCCGAAAUGGUGGCCUGUUACCACAAACAGUGGCUGCUCGUGAGGAAGAAACUGCAUCACCAGAGCCAGCUACUGCGUCGCCAGAGGCUACAACUGCGCCGGCUGCGUAAAAGAGUCGAAACUUUGGAAGGGCGCUCAAGAGAGGGCAAUGGAAAGACU